CAGGAUCAGAGAACAGUUGUACACCUUGUACUUGUGAUCUAUGUCAAACCUAGCACGAUCAGGGAUCUGAUUACUGAUGAUUUAGAUCAUUAUGGCAGACAACAAAAGUGAACGACAGGACCGACUAAGACAGGUACUCAGUUUACGGGAACUGUACCAUGGGAGGUUCACUCAAGGGGAAAUAAAUGCCCUUCUUGUGAAACACGACUGGAACGAAGGCGAGGUCUUCAGAUUUAUACAGCAAAAUGAGCCACGUGCUGUUCGACAAGUGAUCCAAAGACUAACAGAGGAUGAAAUAAGGGGUAUCCAGAGCGACCGAGAUAUAGCGCGGAAUCUGGCCGACGGAAUAUCUGCUCAUACACGGCUCUUCUCUUGCAAAGAUUGUGACCGUUUCUGGUGGCGGAGAGUACCCAGCAGAAAAGAGGUGUCGAGAUGUCACCGGUGCCAUGUGAAAUAUGACCCAGUGCCUACAGAGAAUGAAUGGGGAUGGGCUAUCUUUAACUGUGAAUGUGGAAAUGAAUUCAGUGGACACGGGCAGAGGAAUGUGGGGAGCGAGUGUUACCAAUGUGGAAAUAUCGCCUUUGCUUCAGAGAUUCGCCCACCAUCUCGUCGUCGAACUAAGCGAACCCGGAACAGGCAUAGCUGUAACGCCCCCGAUUGUGACGGCUCUAGGGAGGAUCUCACAGAGAGUGGGGAUACAGGAGCCACAGGAGGACAGGAAAUAGUAUAUAACCGUAGUUCACCAAGUCAGAACCAAGCGACUAAUGACUAUGUAGCAGGUGGUUAUCAGGGUGGUGCGCCUGGACGAUAUAAAGGAGGACAUUCACACGCAGGAUCUGUCAUCUCGCAUGUUUGUGUCAGUCCGGAGUCGAGACAGGGCAAGCCAAAGGUCAUAUAUGCCAGCUCGAAGCAUGUCAGUUCCGGCUCUACUGUGGACACGUUCCUCGACCAGGGUGACCUCUGUUCCCUAGACUCCUACGUGACGUCAUUGCCCGUUAUUUUGGAAUGGGGCCUUGCAAUGGAAGUUGAAGCAGGCGGAAAUCUCGGUGCAUCAGAUGACCAGUUGCAGCAGGCCAGGCGUCUCCAGGAAUUGUUAACUGGGCGUUUUACUGAAGAAGAAUCUCUCCGAAUACUAGAACACCAUGACUGGGACCUUCAGGCAGCUGUCAGUUUCGUAUUUGAAAGCGAACCACGACAAGUGAGACAGAUAUCAGGGGCAGGAGAAGGGUGGACAGAAAUCCGAGUGGAUCAGAAUGUUAGAAACCUCGCCUACCAAAAUCAUGUUCCCUUCCAAGUACGACAGUUUGCUUGUGAGGAAAACGACAAUGUAUGGUGGAGAAAAGUGCCCACUCGGAAAAUGGUAUCCAAAUGUAAGAAGUGUCAUAGGCGAUAUGAAGCUGUCCCGAAGGAGCGAGAGUGGGGAUGGGCGAGAUUUGAUUGUGAAAAUUGUGGAAACAUGUUCAAUGGAUUCGGCCAGGUGAACAGUACAACCUCGCCCUGUUAUCCAUGCGGUACCGUUUGUAAUGUGGCAGAAGUUAUCCCGCCAUAUCGUCGUGAUAGGACAGGUCGGAGGUCACGACGAAACACCCACACAUGCACGGCACCUAACUGUUACAAUCGAUCAGUAGAUGCCCGAUUCAGACCCACCAGAUGCGUCCAUCCACGAUCUCUGAGACGGCAGGUGGUUCAAUCAAGUCUACGUCACGACAGCACUGGUUCUACCGUAGCCACAUUCCUGAGUCAAGGCGGCCUAGACAUUUUCCAAGACUAUCCAGGGCCACGUAACAUGGCAGAUGUCUCGGAAGGAGGAAGUGACGAAUCUAAUGACAAUUAAUUCUAGCUGUAUAUUAACGACAUUCGAACAUUUAUACGUAGUAAACACAAUGUGAAUGUCCGUUUUUAUGUUUUGCAAUUUUCGUGCUAUAAUUUUAUUCAAUACCGAUUGAAAUGUUCCGACAGUGAAACUUUUAUUAAUCACAUUAUUUAUCAUAUUUUAUCAUAUGAUUAUCAAGAAAAACUUUUUACUUCAAAAUCUGAAUGCAUUAAAAGCGCAAUACUCGGUUACUUAAUAUUCGCAAUGCAUCUGCAUAAUAAUGACAUCACACACUAUUUCUAUACCAGUGACUUCUAUUUUUGUGUUAUGAUAUACAGUUUCUUGUAGAAAGCACAACCCUGAUUUACAGGGAAAUCGUGAUCAAAACGCGUGACAGAAUAAACACCCUCGCGAGCGUGAAAUAAAAUCAUUGAAUCAUUGAUCUAGAGAUAUUAUUUAAUAGUAAAACUGCGUGGACUGAAUGACGAACAUCAAUGAGGAAGUAUUAUUGUGUGUUGUAAGCAUCCAUCAGUGUCAUUAGGAUAUUCUAUAUAAAACACUGUAAAUGUGUGUUUGCACUUUCAGUGUUGAAUCGAUGCUUGUUUGUGUUUUCUAUUUGUGCAUAUGUUUCGACAUUGAUUUGAACGUUCAGAGGAUUAGGAAAUUCAGAUAGCAUCAUAAAUGAAAAGGCAAUAGCCUUUCAAGUAGGUGUUUGGAUGAUAUAACAAAUAGAAGCAAGGUGGUUGAAAAAAUAACCAUACACUUUAAAGAGUAUAGUCAUACCUGUCUAUAAAGGUCACUCAAGAUAGCAGAGAUAUUUACCUUUAUAGACAGAUGUCCUCUCUUCAUGUACUUGUAUAUUUACAAUGAAUUGUUCUACAUUGGUAGAUUAGAUUCGUCACUGCCCUUUCACCGAGGAGGCCGGGGUUCGAUUCUCAGAACGGACGUGAAAAUGUAUUAACCACGUGGGUUUUCCCGGGUACUCCAAUUUCCUCCCUCGGGCGCUUCCAUGCGAUCUAGCAAGCGUGAUUAAUAUAAGUCCGUUUAACUUGUUUCGAAAUUGUUGUGAAAUAAAUAAAGUUUCCAUUUACAUUUA